UCAUUUCACAAUUUACGACGAAUAUUGUAUGGGCACCUAGCGACGCAUCGGCAACAUCGACUGUUUUUUACUUUUUAAUUACAUUUACAAUCACCACUACCGUGAGUAUUAUUAUUUAUUAUUAUUCAUUACGUGUUAAUUAUAUGCAGCAUUUGUGGUAUUUAUUUCUCUUCCCUUUUUUUUUUUUUUUUUACCAAUAAGUACCUACAAUUUACAAUGAACCUCGUGUUGAAUUUCCAAUGUACUUGAAGUGUGCCAAUAAAAAAAUAAAAAUAUUUUACAACAUUGUUUUCUACCAAAAAUCUUGCUUACUCUAAAUGUCAAGAACAGUAUAUUUUCUAAAAGAAAAUGUCAUUAUUGGCGUAUAAGAAAUUCGUUUUUUGAUUUGUCUUAUAUUAGUUUUACUUGUAACUUUUACGUUUUCCGUCACUUUGAUCUUUAAACGCUUAUGAAUAUAAAAUUAAGACAUGACGCUUAAUUUAUUUGUUUCAUCAUUAGGUACAACUUAUAAUAAAUAUCGUGUUAAUUUCCAAACAUUUUGGAUUGGAUAAAAAAAUUAUAUUACCAUAAACCCAGAAAUUCCAUGGUUUUUAAGAUUUCCGUCAAACUUUGAGUUUUAAAUUCUUACAAAAAAAAAAAAAAACAAACAUUUGUCUAACCAAAAUAGUGAAUUCAAAGAAAAGAGAAAAAACAAUUUUUUAGAUUAAGUAUAUUUUUAAAUAAAGUAGAAUCAGCCGGAAAUGUACAUUUAUAGUUAGGUGUCAAACUUCGUUUUCGACUAGAAAAGGAAAACAUCUUUGCAUAACUAAUAGUCAUUUUUACUAUAAAAUAAAAACUCUUUACUUCAUAUUGUUAAAUAAAAUGCUUAAAUCUUACCAUGUUUUAACUUAAUAAAUUCAUUAAUAGCAAUUCUAAACUUUCUGUUGAAAAUCUAAUUUUCAAACCCAUAAUAAUACUUUCAAGCAGUGGCGUGGCGCGCAUAUAAGCACUUUUCUUACACUUUCAGUCAUAAAACGUUAUGGGCGUAGUUUCAAAUGAAUAAAUUACAGUUCAACAAUCGAGGUCAAAUAACGUUGAAAUUUUUAUAUUUUUAUAUAAUAUUGUUAUUGGUAAUUCGGUAAUCUAAAAAAAAACAUCGUUAUCGUUUGUUUCCUGCGUUCCGGCCGUCGGUUGCGUUGCGUACGCGUAAAUGCAUAUCUCAACCGGUGCCGAAAAUAUUCGGUAAAAUGUCCACCGAACCUCCGCACGUCGGUCCACUGUUCUACAAUGCAUGUACUCUAUAAAUAUGAGAAAUAAUAUUACAUCAGACGUGUGCGUAAGCGAUCACAAUUAUCCCCAUUCCUAUUUCGUGCGUGGAACUGUUACCAGUUGAUAUCGUACUCGAGGUGGUUAUGAUACUUGGGUAUUAUAACUACCUCGAGUCCGCCUAUAACGGGUGGUGUCAGUACUGACACACAAGCGAUUAUCAAAUGUGCUACACGACCAACUAUAAUGGUUUUAAAUUUUAAUCGACAUCGUUAUAUUUAUUUUGCUCAUUGCGUUGGUACAACACUGGCACCGUCAUCGGACGGUAGUCUGUACAUAUUCAGUACGUAAUUAUAGGUUUUGAAUUAUAGGUAAUCGUCAAUUUAUUACGUUGUCUUAUAAGUAAACUUGUAAAUUAUAUUAGAAUUUAGGAUUAAAAAAUAUUAUCUUGUUUGUUAUUUGAAAUUGUCUAACAAGUAACUGUUAAUAAAGUGCAGGGGGCGUAUCGAGGAGGUUUUUAUUCCGGGACAACUUGUUUUUGUUAUUUUGUCAAAACCAUUUCAUUGUUAUAUUGUUAAAGUGUUUUAAUUAUAUAAAUAAAGUAAAAAUUCAAGUUAUAACACUAAUUGAUUAUACAAAUAUCCAUUACCAUUAAUUAUUUAAAAAUGUGCAAUAAAAUAAUAAACACUUAGUAAUAAAAUUUAUAAUUUAAAAUAUUAAUGGAUGGUACUAGGGCCUAUAGGAAUAAUUAUUAACAUCUUUGAUUUUCAGUCCUCAUGUAUACAAUAACAAUUCAUUAUGAUAAAAUAUUUACUUUUAAAAUGGCACAGUAAAAUGCUUUCAUGGUGAAAUAGCAAUAGAAUUGUGUGUACCACUAAAAAAAAAAAACCUCGGCACGCCCUUAAAUAUAAUAUAUUAUCUAUUGGAUGCUAUAUUUACAAAAUCAUUUUCAGAAGAAAGUAACAUCAAAUUGUUUAACCUAAAGUCUUCUUGGGUUGUUUUUGAACGGUUUUUGACUAAUUUAAAUUUGCUAAAUGAUCUUUCAUUGCCAGUAACGGUUACAGGUACUGUACACGAUAAGCGACAUAAUAGAUUGGCCAAUGACCGGAGUAUUAGCUUAAGUAGUUUUCAAAUUAUCAAAUUAAAAAAUAAAUAAUUAAAUAUUACUAUUAAUAUUAUGAAAUAUGAUUUAUUAUCUAUGUAUAUAUAUAUAAAAUACCAUGUCCUGACUGACUGACUGAUUCAUCAUCGCCUAGUCUAAACCACUGGACAGAUCGAGCUGAAAUUUGACACACAGUUAGCUAUUAUGACGUAGGCAUCCGCUCAAAUAGGAUUUUUGGAAAUUCAACCCCUAAGGGGGUAAAAUAAGGGAUUUAGGUAUAUUUGAUAGGAAUAUCUAAUUACUUAUUUAUUUAUUUUCGUUUAUUCAAAGGUUACCUUGGUGUCAAGAAAACUAUUAUAAUUGUUAUUAUUACUAUUAUUUAUACUAUUAAAAUUUCAUAAUAAAACACAUUUAGUUCGCCGGAGGUGGACUACCCAUUUUCCACCAUUUUCAUUCAAUACUGACACAGUCAAAACCAUAAAUGAAUAUGGGUAAAAUAAUAAUAAUAAUUGGCACGGGUAACGCCGGGCGCGGGACAGCUAGUAAAAUAUAAUUAAAGACAGUACAACUAUUAUAGACAUCUUAUAUAUAUAUAUAUCUUAAUGCUUGAUCAUAACGUAAAAUUAUUGUAAAUAAAAUUAAUUGCUGUAGAAGAGUUCUAUGGUUCUUCUGUAGUUACUAUUGAAGACAUCAAGUUAACUAGUAACCACGUUCGGUUGCCUAUUUAUAGUAUCGGUUACCAUUAACAUUGAGAUUUAUAAACUCUUCACCACUGCAUAUCCCUCGUGAUUACAUUGAUUACACAGUUUACAACUUAUUUUUCCCAAUAAUAGGUAAUUCUAGUCAACAUGUCAACAAUUUUUUAGUAUUUUAUUAAUGUAAAAUGACCAACUGAAAAGUUAAAAAAACAAUUAUUGGGGGAAGGGGUAUUAUGACCACCCUACCCCCCGCUAGGUUCACCUCUGAUAAAGUCUUACCUUAUUAAAAAUAUAAGUAUUGUUAUUAAUAUUUACAAUAUAACCAACAAUUGUUGAUACAUUUUUUGGCGGAAAAUCACAAAGUAUGGAGUUAUUUAAUUGUUAUAGGGUAAAAACAGUAGUAUAAAUUGAGAGCAGUUUUCUAGGGGUAGUAAAAAUAAAUGAUACAGGUACAAGUAGGUUUAAAUUUUGGUGAUUGCUUACACCUAUGACGACUCCACGCCACGCCACUGCUAUCAAGUAUACAUUAAAUUUUUUUAAUAGUAUAAAAUAAGCCUUAGAUAAACAAAAAAAAAAAAAAAAACGGUAGAUAACGAAAAAACAUAUUCUUGCAUCUUCAUUUUACAAGGGAAGCUGUGAGAAAUGUUGGGGGCUAGAAGAUGGUUGUUGUUACCUAUAUAAUUGUAUACUUAAUAUUACUCAAGAUUUGAUUUUAUUUUUGCAAAAUUAGUAAGUAUUAUUAAUUUCAUUUUGUUGGUUAUCAUUUUAGUUAAUUUAUUAUACUAUUAUAAAUUCCAGUAAUAUUUUUAUGAAAAAAAAUAUUUUUUAUUGUAAUAGAGUUAAUUUUUCUUAACUUAAAAGUAAUUUAGCUUGACCAAACAAAAAAAUGAAAAUUAGUACAUACUAAUAAGACACACUAUAAUAAAGGUAUGUGAAGAGAUGCUCUUAAAAAAAAAUGAUGGGGAGGUGUAGUCUUUAAAUUUGUUAACUAAAAAUUAAAAUAUUCAAUUUCGUUCUAUUUUUUACCGAGCGCCAAAGACCUAACCUAACCACCUUAGACGUAUUACGCUCCGGCACGUCACUAAAUAUGAUUUGUUUAUUAGUGCCGUUUUUUUAGACUUCCUCUCGUGCAUAUUUGCGUAUCUAUUGCCUGCCUUACGCCUUAAUUGCAGUUUUAUGCACUUUAGGAACCACUGGGCUCUCUUAUCAAAUGUCAAAUCAUUGCCAGUGGAAUGUACGUCACUCUUACCCGGCUUAUAAAAGUGAUAAAACCAAAAUUAUGAUAAAGUUAAUCAGUGAUCACGGUCCAUAGAAAUAAUAUUUUAUAAGAAUUAACGUAUUUCGUUCACGAUUGUUGUUUAUUUUAAUUUAAAGUUCGUAUGUCUUUAUGAUAUUAAUAUGAGAUGUUUAUUGUUAGUGAAUUUGAAGAAGUUGUAAAAGUACAUCCGACACAUCUAGAAGAUGAUCAAAUAUCGCGUAUUAUCAUACAUCUUAAUUCUAUGCUAGCGAAUAAAGUGGUUAUGGAUGUUGGAUUGUGUCUUUCACUAUUUGAUAUUUUAGAAAUUGGUGAUUCAAUAAUAUACCCCAGUGAAGGAUCGUAUUUUUCAAAAGUGAGAUUUAGAUUUGUCGUUUUCAGGUGUGUUAUGUGUUACAUUCAGCAUUUUAAUCAGAUAAAACAGACAACUGCUAAAAUAGUUGUUUAGUAUAAUUUUUUAUUCAUAUGUUUUGCAGACCAUUUGUUGAAGAAAUACUUAUUGGAAAAGUAAAAACUUGUAAUUCAGAUGGAGCUGUGCUAUCAACAGGUUUUUUUGAGGAUAUUUUCAUUCCAGCAGCUAACAUGCAAAAUCCCAGUCGUUUUGAUAUAAAGGACAAGGUGUGGGUAUGGGAGUAUGACAAUUGUGGUGAUGUAGUCGAAUUACAUAUGGAUAUUGGUGAAACGGUUAGAUUUCGUGUGGUCUCUGAGCAAUUUGUGGAUACCCAUCCAGGUGUUGAUAGUGGACUUGUGGACACUGGUGAGAUAGUAGCUUCAAAGUCAAAAUCACCUUAUUCAAUUGUUGGUACAGUUAGAGAACCUGGUUUAGGAGUUAUUGGAUGGUGGACUGAUUUAUAA